AUGGGUACGCAAAAGAAGGAGAAACAGCGGCGAGUCCGUGAGGGCGACACGCGGGACGGGAACCUUCGUGUCAAGGGGGAGAACUUCUACCGCGAUGCCAAAAAGGUGAAACACUUGAACAUGUACAAACAAGGGCGGGCCAUCCGCGAUGCCAAGGGUAAUAUCAUCAAGGCUGCCGCUUUACAGAGCACCGAUGCCCCCACUGCUCGGGUUGACCCUAACCGUAAAUGGUUUGGCAACACCAGAGUGAUUGCUCAAGACGCCUUGACCCAUUUCCGUGAGGCUAUGGGUGACAAGAAGCACGACACUUACUCGGUGCUUCUCCGGCGAAAUAAGUUGCCGAUGUCGCUUUUGGAUGAAAAGGACAGCACCGAGCUGCCCACGGCUAAGAUCGUGGAGACGGAGCUGUUUGCCCUGACGUUCGGGCCUAAGCAACAGCGGAAAAAGCCGCGGGUGGCCAAGGCGUCCUCGUUGGAAGAGUUGGCUCAACUCACUGAAGCUGACUCCACCGCCUACCAAGAAAAGAUCGAAUUGGACCUGACAUUGGGUCUCAUGGGUAAUCUGAUCUUGGAUAAGGACGAUUUCACUCAAGAAGCUAAGGAAGCCAUUUUCUACAAAGGGCAAUCAAAGCGGAUCUGGAACGAAUUAUACAAAGUCAUCGACUCGUCCGACGUCGUCAUCCACGUCAUUGACGCCCGUGACCCCUUGGGCACCCAGUGCUUGCUGGUAGAAAAAUAUAUCCGCGAAGAAUGUCCCCACAAACACUUGAUCUACGUGUUGAACAAGUGUGACCUUGUACCCACCUGGGUAGCGGCGGCGUGGGUGAAACACUUAUCCAAGCUGUAUCCGACGUUGGCGUUCCACGCCUCCAUCACCAACUCCUUCGGGAAGGGGUCGCUCAUCCAGUUGCUCCGGCAAUUCAGCACCUUACACUCCGACCGCAAACAGAUCUCGGUCGGGUUUAUCGGCUACCCUAACACCGGUAAAUCGUCGAUCAUCAAUACCCUCAGACGGAAAAAGGUGUGCACUGUGGCCCCCAUCCCUGGUGAGACUAAGGUGUGGCAAUACAUCACCCUCAUGAAGAAGAUUUUCUUGAUCGACUGUCCCGGUAUCGUCCCGCCCUCGCUGAAGGAUACCGAGUCCGAUAUUCUUUUCCGGGGUGUGGUGAGAGUGGAGCACGUCGAGUGUCCCGAACAGUACAUCCCCGAUCUUUUGCGCAAGUGCCAGCGUAAGCACUUGGAGCGUACCUACGAAGUGAAAGGCUGGGCCAACUGGGAAGAGGAUGAGCUGUUGAUGGAACGCGCCGCCGCUGAGUUCAUCGAGAUCAUUGCCCGUAAACAAGGGCGUUUGAUUAAAGGUGGUGAGCCUGAUGAACACGGGGUGGCCAAGCAGAUCAUCACCGACUUCAACCGGGGGAAGAUCCCGUGGUUUGUGCCUCCUCCUCAAGACGACUCCGACAAGACCGGCGAGGACAAGAAGGCCGGCUACAAGCGCAAGCGCGAGGAGCGGGAGGAGAAGAAGGCGAAGAAGUUGCGGAUGGAGGAGGCCGAGGAAACGGAGGCCUACGCCAACGCCGACGAGGAUUUUACUGGGUUCGAUUAA